AUGGCAACGGCCUGGCUGCUCCAGGCUCUGUGCACAACGGUUUUGAGCAAUGGAGCUCUACAGGCAAGACAAGCGGGGGCGACCAACAACUUCUUCCUGGCCAACACCACCUCCGGAACACUGAGGGGACAGAUUGUUUCUGGACCUUCAGUCCCGGUGGCAAGGUUCGCUGGCAUCCCCUACGUUAAACCUCCCACUGAUUUCUCUGUUUCAGGACCACUCCGCUUUAAGGCCCCUGUUGCUCCUGACUCAUGGACCGGUGUCAGAGACGCCCUGGGAUUUAGGGACGAGUGUCUGCAGCGAGUGGGUCUUAACGAUCGUUUCCGUAACCCAAACGCUUCUCACAGCGAGGACUGUCUCUACCUUAACGUGUACACGCCGACUAAGAGAACCAGCAACGCUCCAUUGCCCGUCAUGGUGUUUAUCCACGGAGGAGGGUACAACGCUGGGUCAGGCUCAUCCUAUGAUGCUUCUUACGUCGCAGCUAAAGGAGUUGUCUUUGUGACCUUUGAGUACAGACUUGAUCUUUUCGGAUUCCUGUCAACAGAAGAUGACACUCUGCCUGGAAACUAUGGGAUGUUGGAUCAGGUCGCUGCUCUGAAGUGGGUCAAAAAUAACAUUGCUGCUUUUGGAGGUGACCCAAAUCUGGUCACUAUUGCUGGACAAAGUGCUGGGUCAGCUUGUGUCUCUCUCCUCACUCUGUCACCGCUAGCCAAAGGUCUGUUCCAGAGAGCAAUCAUGGAAAGUGGUUCCGCUCUUUCACCUUGGGCAAUCGAAUUUCCAGGAAAUCGAAUGACUCCUCGUAUUUCCGCUCGACUGAUCAGCGAGGCCGUUAACUGCAACGACUUAAAUAAUUCAACAGCACUUUUGUCCUGCUUGCAAAAGGCAGAUGCAAAUGCAUUGCUCAAGGCAUCCCUUGGAAUCACUGUAGCCGCACAAGCAACCCUCAUCAAUAUCCCUAGAAUAGAAACAACGUUUGGAUUUCUGCCAGACAAACCAAGUACCUUACUCGCUCGAGGACAAAUUAACCACGUAGAUACUCUAAGGGGAUUUAAUAGUGAUGAAUUUGGAGGAAUGAUUCCGACUUUCUUCGGAAAGAACCCACCAGUUGUCACAAUGAACGUGGCCAAACAGGUUUUGAGAUCUCAGACGACACAGUUUACCAAUCUCGACCGGGAGGACAUCGUUAACGUGAUGAAGACAUCCUUUAUUAAAGAUAGGUCAACCCCAGCCACCAUACAAAGGGGAACUCUGGACGCUGUAGAUUACUUUGUAUUUGGGGCACCAAUGGUUAUGGAACUGGCUAAAGUUGUAAGCUACGUUCCUGAAAAGAAGCAUUACUUGUACCAGUUCAACUACAGACCUAGUUUCAGCAAAGCCCCACAAUGGAUGUCAGCUCUGCAUGGAAUUGAGAUGCUUUUCCUGUUUGAUGUGCGACAGCAAAUGUUCACCGACAAAGGCAAUGGGCCACCUAAUGCUGAAGACAUUCAGGUAUCUCAACAAAUAAUGGAAAGGUGGACCAACUUUGCCAAGACAGGGAACCCAACGUCAACUGUUCCAAACGGCGGAGCGACGUGGAACCAAUAUAGGUCAACAACACCUAACUACCUUCAAAUCAAUUCUGCUUCCCAGGAGAAAGUCUUGUCUCCGAAUGAAAUCAUUAAUUAUUACCGCCAAAUUCUCGACACUCUUCAGGGACCAAGCUCAACCCCCAUUGUGCCCAUUGUUGGGUAGACGAUUGUAGAUGUUUAAUAUGAAAUAAAAUAUAUCUUUUUGUGUAAACCUUACAGUACAUAGUUGUUUACAGUAUCUAUAGCUCAUUCCUACAAUUUUCACCCCCCCACAACAAACGCCCUCUGUAGUCAUAGUUUUUGCUUUCUAUUAUCUGUUUCAUUAUGGCAUACUUGUUUGAGCGCUUUGUUAGCUUAGUUGGUACAAUGCCAGAUUGCGGAAGAAGUGGCCUUGCUUAAAAUAUUUAGACAAGGCGUAUUUGAACUGAAAUUGUUUGGUGGAGAUUUCAAGGUUCUCAACCCAAUUGGUCAGGUCCUUUCGGAAAUGGACGUUAAAUAUAUUUUGCACAGUCUUUAAAAUAGCCUAAUAGUGUUAAUAAAGACCUGAAAAAAUAUGCACUUCCUUUCUAUUUCUCUCCUUUCCUUUCCUUUGUUUUCCUUUGCUUUGGUUUCCUUUGCUUCAAUUUUAGAGUGCCAACUUAUCUAGUCCAGAGCCAAUUGGAUGGAGAUCGAGCGAAAAAGCCCACUAAACCUUUUCUUGGUCUUGAAAAGCGAAGUCAGAGUUUCAAUAUUGUUAAAACUU